AUGGUUUCACUUGACGAUGAAGUGAAGAUCUCGUGUCAAUUUGGAGACGAGCCAGCCUACAUCGUCACCGUGACAGCUCUAAGCGACUUGAUGUCACCGCUGCGCUGCUACCGCUUUGCUUCCAUUAUCCAGCAGGAAAUCCAUUCGGUAAUGCAUAUCCCCCCAACUCAUGGUAUCGUCAGAAUUACCCCAGCGGAAACACACCAUUUCGGGAUAGGUGGAACAACAUAUUACCAGCAAGCCAAGGACCUGGCGGAGGCAUCAACAGCAAACUCUAAAGCUGCGUCCCGCAAAGCGAGUACUUCAAAGAAGUCAUCAUCAGCUGUUGUACGUCUAUUGAAGAGAUCGACAUCUAGAUUUAGCUUUACCAGUCAAGCUAGCUGGAAGGCAGAUAAACAACGGGAAUCGAAGAAAGACAUUGACUCCGACGGGGGCUCAAGCCAACCUAGGUCAGUAGGGAAAGAGAAGGUCAGAGAGCCCGAUAUCAAGGAAAAUUCCGCGUUCUAA